AUGCUCUUGGUUCCCAUCAUGAAUCACCUAAGCGACAUAAUUUUCUGCAAAAAGUAUAUGAAGGAUAUGCACACUAGAUUGAUGGAAUUAGAUGGUCUGAGAGUCGCCGUAGCAGACCGCAUGAACAGGAACACAAUAAGCAUGCUUGAGGUUCCAGACGAAGUGUCGGGUUGGUUGCAAGAAGUAGAAAGGAUCACUGCAAGAGUGGGACACUUUCCUAAAGAUUUCAGCAGUUCUAGUCUCUGGCGUAGGCACAAGCAUGGAAGGAGAUUUUUCAAGAUGAUUGUGGAAAUAGAAACGGUCAAAAAACACCACUCUUUAAUCAGGUGGACUGAUGAUCCAGUUCCUCUAGAAAGAGCUGGUACCAUGAAUGUUUCCACCUCUGCAUCAUCAAGUGAUCACAACGAUUUCGUAUCGAGAGAACAUAUUUAUAUGGAAGCACUAAAAGCACUCGGAUCAGACCACAAAUCCCACAUGAUAGCCUUGUGGGGGAUUGGCGGAGUGGGGAAGACCACAUUAAUGGAAAGGCUGACAAAGGCUGUGGAAGAAAAGAAAAUGUUUGAUUGUAUUAUUAAGUCUUGUCUAGGGGAAAAGGCGGACCCAAUUGCUAUUCAGCAAACUGUUGCAGACCACCUUGGUAUAAAGCUCAAUGAAACAGGUAAAUCAGCAAGAGCUGAUAAGCUUCGUAAAUGGUUUGAGGCCUGUUCGCCUAAAUAUAAUAUUCUAAUAAUAUUCGACGAUGCAUGGGAGGCGGUUGAUCUAAAUGACAUUGGUUUAAGUCCUUUGCCAAAUCAUGGUGUCGGCAUCAAGGUCUUGUUGACAUCACAAAACAGACAUGUUUGCACUAUGAUGGGAGCUGGAGCUAAUUCAAUUUUCAAUGUACAAGUCAUAACAGAAGCAGAAGCACAUAGUUUAUUUUGGCGACUUGUAGAAAUUUCUAAUGAUGCUGAUCCGGAGCUCCGUAAGAUGGGAAAGCAUAUCGUAAGGAAGUGUUGCGGUUUACCCAUCGCCAUCAAAACCUUGGCCCUUACUCUUAGAAAUAAAGCCAAGGAUGCAUGGAAGGAUGCACUUUUUUGUUUAGACCACCAUCACAUCCACAAUGUUGUUCAUGAAGUUUUUAAGAUUAGCUACAAGAAUCUCAAAGACGAGGAGACUGAAUCUAUAUUUUUGCUUUGCGGUUUGUUUCCUAAAGACUUCAAUAUUUCUACUGAGGAUUUGGUGAGGUACGGAUGGGGAUUGAAAGUGUUUACCGGAGUGUCUACUUUAAGAGAAGCAAGAAACAGGCUGAACACAUGCAUUGAGCGGCUCCUGCAUACAAGUUUGUUGACCGAAAGCAAUGAUGUGGGGUGUGUUAGGAUGCAUGAUCUCGUUCGUGCUUUUGUUUUGGAUAUGCUUUCUAGAGUCGAGCAUGCUUCGAUUGUCAACCAUGGUAGUAUGUCAAAGUGGUGGCCCAAUGAUGUAGGCGACUCUUGCAAAAGAAUUUCAUUAACAUGCAACGAUAUGUCUGAGUUUCCUAGAGACCUCAGGUUUCCGAACCUCUCCAUUUUGAAGCUUAUGCGUGGUGAUAAGUCAUUAAGGUUCCCUCAAGACUUUUACAGAGAAAUGGAAAAGCUUGAGGUAAUAUCAUACGAUGAAAUACAAUAUCCAUUACUUCCCUCAGCAUCCCAAUGCUCCACCAACCUUCGAGUGCUUCAUCUCCAUCGGUGUUCGUUGAUGUUUGAUUGCUCUUCUAUCGGAAAUCUGUUGAAUCUCCAAGUACUCAGUUUUGCUAAUUCUGGCAUUGAAUGGUUACCUUACACCAUCGGAAAUUUGGUGAAACUGAGGCUACUAGAUUUGACAGGUUGUGCUGGUCUUCGUAUAGAUAAUGGUGUCUUUGAAAAUUUGGUUGAACUUGAAGAGCUUUACACGAUGGCCGGUGGUCGUUAUGGAAAAGCCAUAAGCUUCACAAAUGAUAAUUGUAAUGAAAUUGCAAAACGAUCAAGAAAUCUUUCUGCAUUAGAAUUUGAGUUCUUUCGGAACAAUGCUCAACCGAAGAAUAUGUCGUUUGAGAAGCUUGAACGAUUCAAGAUCUCAGUGGGACGUUCUUUAGAUGGAGAACUCAGUAGGAGCAGCCGCACAUAUGAAAACACUUUGCAGCUGGUGACCAACAAAGGUGAAGUACUGGAUUCUAGAAUGAAUGAGUUGUUUGAGAAAACUGACGUGCUUUGUUUAAGUGUGGGUGAUAUGAAUGAUCUUGAAGAUUUUGAGGUGAAGUGCUCACAUCCUCAUCUAUUCUCUUCGUUCAACAAUGUAAGAGUCCUUGUCGUUUCGAGGUGUGAAGAGUUGAAAUACCUUUUCACACUUGGAGUUGCAAAGGCUCUGUCAAAGCUUGAGCAUCUUCAAGUUUCUUCAAGCGAUAAUAUGGAAGAACUCAUACAUAUUGAGAGCAUUGGAGUAGAGACAGUUACAUUGCCAAAGCUUAAGUUUCUAUCUUUGGUUUGGCUACCAAAUCUAUCUGGUUUGUGCCAUAAUGGCCACAUAGUUGAGCUGCCACAACUAGUGACGUUGGAACUUGAUGGCCUUGCAAAUUUCACAAGCAUUUACCCCAAGAAUAAGUCGGCAACAUCUUGUUUGUUGAAGGAAGAGGUUGUGAUUCCUAAGUUAGAGAGAUUGGUUGUUUUUAAUAUGGAGAAUCUGAAGGAGAUAUGGCCUUACGAAUUUGAUACGAGUGGGGAAGUUAAGCUGAGAGAGAUUGAAGUGAAAUGCUGUGACAAUCUUACGAAUCUGUUUCCGUGCAAUCCCAUUCUAUUGCUGCAUCAUCUUGAAGAGCUUCGAGUCGAGGAUUGUGGUUCUGUUGAAGUGUUAUUCAACAUCGACUUGGAUUUUGCUGGUGGAGUUGGAAAAGGCAGCACUAGCAACUUGAGAAGCAUUCAGAUGAAGGAAUUAGGCAAGCUAAGGGAGGUGUGGAGGAUAAAAGCUGAAAAUAAGUCUCUUCUUCUCAUCCGUGGCUUUCAAGCUGUUGAAAACAUACAAAUUGAGAGAUGCAAGAGCUUUACGAAUGUCUUCACACCUGUCAGCACCAAUUUUGAUCUGGGUGCACUUGUCCACAUGAAUAUAAGUGAUUGUGGAGAGAGCGGGAGAAACAAUGAAUCAGUGGAUUAUAGCCAAGAGGAAGAGAAUAAUCUUCCAGGAAUUAAUAAUAAUAUUUCAGAUGCUGUAUUUCCAUCGUAUCUCGCCCACUCUUUUCAUAACCUCCGUGGACUUUCCUUAUCGAAUUGGGAAGGAGUUCCGGAGGUGGUGUUUGAGAUAGAGAUAGAGAGUCCAGAACAUGGAGAAUUGGUCACAGCUCAAGAUUAUCAACAACGAAUGCUUCCCUACCUAGAGAAUUUGGAUAUAAUACACUUGGAAAGGAUGAGCCAUGUAUGGAAGUGCAACUGGAAUAAAUUCUCCAUUCUUCCAAAACAACACUCAGAAUCCCCAUUCCACAACCUCACAACCAUAUAUUUGAAGGAGUGUGAAAGCAUUAAGUACUUGUUUUCCCCUCUCAUGGCAAAGCUUUUUUCCAACUUAAAGAAACUCCAGAUACAAGACUGUGAUGGUAUUGAAGAAGUUGUUUCAAACAGAGACCAUAAAGAUGAAGAAAAGACUACCUCUGCGUCUACCCAGAUAAAUACCACUGUGUAUCCUUGUCUUGAUUCUCUCACUCUUAGUUUCCUUCCAAAUCUCAAGUGUAUUGGUGAUGGUGCAAAUUGUGGGAGCAAUGAGUUUUCUUUUGAAAAUACUAGUAUAACUGCCGACUUUCUUGAUCAAUCUAAGUUUCCUCAAGUCGGUGGUGUUUCUUGGACCUUAUGUCAAUACUCUAAAGAGAUAAGUAUAUCAUACUGUGAUGUGUUGUCAAGUGCGAUUCCGUGUUAUGCGCUAGGACAAAUGCAAAUGCUUCAAGUGUUGAGAAUAACACGUUGUGACUCGAUGAAGGAGGUAUUUGAAAGUCAAGGGAUGAACAAUACCACCACUGGUUGUGGAAGUAGCAGCAUUGACGAUGGAAAUAGUGGUACUUCAUCAAAACAAGGACCAAAUUAUGUUACCGUGCUCAAACUUCCCAUGCUAAGGGUAUUGGAAAUCAAAGAUUGUGACCUUUUGGAGCAUAUAUUCACAUUUUCCACACUUGAAAGCCUCUGGAGCCUCGAAGAGCUAACUAUUUGGGAUUGCAAAGCAGUGAAAGUGAUUGUGAAGGAAGAAAAUGGAGAGCAAGCAACCCCAUCCGGUAAUGUAGUAUUUCCUUCUCUAAAGUCCAUUGCACUGGUCAAUCUACCAAACCUUGUGGGUUUCUUCUUGGGAAUGAAUGAGUUCCAAUGGCCUUCAUUGGAUGAUGUUACGAUUAAGGGCUGCCCACAAAUGAUAGCAUUCACAGUUGGUCAAUCGUUAGCCCCGGGCCUCAAGUAUAUACGCAGAAGCUUGGGCAAACACAGUCUUGACAAAUGUGGUCUUAACUUUGAUGUGACAACCACUACACAUCAUCAGACCCCAGUCCCAAGUUUAGAAGCUACAAGCUCUUGCACUGCUACUGCAGAAGGGUUACCUUGGUCUUUUCAUAAUUUGAUCGAAUUAGAUUUGAAAUCUAACAUAUCUUUAGAAAAGAUUAUUCCAUCCAAUGAGUUGCAACAACUUCAAAAUCUGGAAAAGAUACAUGUAAGCUACUGUCAUGGAGUAGAGGAGGUAUUUGAAGCUUUGGAAGGGACAAGUGGUGGUUUGGAUGAAUCACAAACUGUUGUUGUGGAACUUCCAAACCUAACAGAAGUGAGUUUAGCAUGGGUAGAUGGUCUAAGGAAUAUGUGGAAUAGCAAUCAGUGGACAGUAUUCAAGUUUGGAAACCUAACAACAGUCUCUAUUCAUGGAUGUGACAAGUUAGAGCAUGUUUUCACAAGAUCCAUGGUUACUAGUCUAUUGCAACUCCAAGAGCUACACAUAAAAAACUGCGAUCAUAUGGGGGAGAUAAUCGUUAAGGACACAAAUUUAGUUGCAGAAGAAGAAUCUGAUGGCAAAAUGAAGAAGAUUGAGUUACCUUGUUUAAGGUCCUUAAUACUUGACCAACUUCCAUGUCUGAAGGGAUUUUGCUUAUGGAAUGUGGAUUUUUCACUGCCAUUACUGGAUACUCUGAAAAUCAAUAGAUGCCAACAAUUAACGGUUUUCACCCAAGGAAGUUCUGCUACUCCGGAGCUUAGAGAGAUAGAAACAAGUUUUGGCUCGUUUUAUGCAGGGGAAGGUAUCAACUUUUUUAUAAAGACCAGACAGGAGGAAUUCAAAAGCAACCGACUUUUAAAGUAAAGUAAAAUUUAAAGAUGUAUUAUUCUUCAUGGUGACGUGAAUUCUUGUGUUGGAUUACAUGUUUAGAUUGUGUUUGCUUCCAGGUACAACAUCGAGAAUUAUCAGACAAGAUUAUGAUAACUUCAACCAUUAUUCUAUUCAUUUGAAAACCAUGGUAGUCGUGUCCUUGUUUGGUUAUGUACUUCUAGUACCCAAUUUGUUUCCUCGUUGUAUUCAUCCAAAAUUGCAGAAUUGUUUUUAUCAUGAUUCUUAGACGUAAUUGGUUGAGUGGUAUUUUGAAUUUUUAAAAUUCGCAUUGUCCCAACACUUUUCUUAAAUUAUGUCAACCCAUACUCUUUAAGUUUAAAUACGAAGCAUGAC